CCAACGGCUUUCCGAACCAAACGCAACCGAGAAAUCCCGGGAAGAAAUCAUGCUCGAGAAGGAUUAAGUUUUUGAGUGUUCUAUACCCUAUACACUUCAUCUCCUAACUAAAGGUUUCUUUGCGCGUUUUUCGAUUAGUUUGUUCUUUCGAUUGAAUUCAAUCUGUGCCUCAUCAUGACCAACCACAGAUGGGUUUUAUUUUCGGUCCUUUCGAUGGCCGCGCUCAGUUCGGUGGUCAAUGGAAACGAUGGCAGCAGUGGCGAGGUUGGAGCACUUCGGAAGGGACCUCAGCUCGGAUGCCACAAGCGAGUUUUCACAUACCGGGUCACGCAAACGGAUGCCAAGGGGCGGGAAUGUUGGGACCAUGUGAGUGUUCUGUCCUGUCACGGACGCUGUGAUUCGAACGAAAUCUCCGACUGGCGAUUCCCGUACAAACGGUCCCAUCAUCCGGUUUGUGUGCAUGCCGGAAGAACCCGAUCGGUGGCGGUGCUGCGCCACUGCGAUAAGGAAGCGGAUCCAGAGGCGAGGCUGUAUGAGUACAUGGAACCGAAAUCCUGCAACUGUCAGACCUGCACCAGUAUGGACACCAGCUGUGAAGGGCCCAAGCAGCUGAGCACGGAUUCUGUGACCAAAGUUUUCCAGCUCGACGAAGAAGAAAUUGAAUCUGAAUAUGCUUAGUAGGGGGUUUCGAGGGUAUCUGUCUCUCGACCCCUGCCCUAAUUAAAAAGAAACACACUGAUGAACUGAUCGCCAGUCCCAAGUUGAUUGCAAAAAUUUGCUACAAGUGAUGAUAUUAUUACUUCCUUGCAACGGUAGAUUAUAGUAUUUAUUUUUCUAAUGAUAGUCUACUCAAGUUUAGUGUAUAAUAUAUUUACAACGAUGUUCAUAUACAGAAAAAGAAUAAUAAAUAAUUAUAAACGUUUAGA